AGUGAGGGUUGCUAACUGUUUUAAAAACCGGUAUUUUACAAUAGCACCUCGCACAAAUUCUUGUCUCGCUAUUCUGGCGUGCAAUUAAACCUGAAAUGUCAUCGACUACUGCCGUAAAUGUAGAUGGCAUCGAAUUUGAUCGCGACGACCUUUUGGGUAGCGGUGGCUUCGGUUCAGUGUAUCGUGGUAAAUAUAAAGAUCAAAGUGUAGCAGUAAAAAAAAUGAUGAAGAGAAAUAGCAAAGAUCAAAUGCCUGACAACGAGUUAAAUAUUCUGAAGCAGUUAGACCACCCCAAUAUAGUUAAACUACUCCACUCCGCAAGCGAUGUCGACUUCAAUUAUUUGGCUUUGGAAUUGUGCGACACAUCAUUGGAUCAGGUGUUCCUAAAUGAGGACGAUUCUCGGAGAUAUAAAGGACCUGCAUUACCAAAUAAUUUCGAGGUUUUUUUCCAGUUAGCCACUGGUCUCGAAUACAUUCAUUCAAAGAAUGUAAUCCAUCGGGACAUUAAACCGGGCAAUAUUCUCAUUUCUGUGAAACGUACUGACCAAGGUGAAGAUAUAACGAUCAAGUGGGCUGAUUUUGGAUUGUCACGAGAAGUGAGUGAACGAGGAACAUUCAUAAUGAGUGGAGUCAAAGGGACUCUACUUUGGUUCUCUCCCGAAGAGAUGGAAAUUCGCGGCAAAAACCUACGAAUCGAAGAAACUAAAGGCUCCAUCAAAAGCGACGUAUACGCAUUAGGCCUCGUCUUUGGUUAUAUUCUCUUGAGAGGAAGACAUAUAUACGGCGAAAAUGCGUUACAAAUUGUAAAGAACAUUACGGACAACGAACCAACCAGUCUGAAUGAAAUUCAUCACAAGCCUUUAGGCCGUAACUUAAUAGAACAAAUGCUGAUUAAGACACCUGGCAAUAGAAUUACAUCCAAACAAGUUGUUGAUCAAUUGCAAUCCAUAAAAAUCAAAGUAAAGAAAUUACAGGCAAAGAACGAAGAUGGAUGGAAUGAGCUUCAUCUUUUGUGUUCUUACAAUUUGAGCCCACAUUUAAUCGAUGAGAUUAAACUCUUGAUCGAACUCGGUAUCGACAAGGACGCUAAGGACAAUGAUGGACGCAAUGCGCUUCAUUGUUUGUGUUAUUACAAUUCCAACCCACACUUAAUGGAUGCGAUUAAACUCUUGAUCGAACUAGGUAUCGACACGAAUGCAAAGGACAAGGAUGGAUGGGAUGCGCUUCAUCUUUUGUGUUAUAACAAUUCCAACCCCCACUCAAUGGGUGCGAUUAAACUCUUGAUCGAACUCGGCAUCGACAAAAACGACAACGAUGGAUGGAAUGCGCUUCAUCUGUUAUGUGGAUUCAAUUCAAGCCAACACUUAAUCGAUGCGAUUAAACUCUUGGUCGAACUCGGCAUCGACAAAAACGCAAAGGACAACGAUGGACGCAAUGCGCUUCAUCGUUUGUGUUAUUACAAUUCCAACCCACACUUAAUCGAUGCGAUUAAACUCUUGAUCGAACUCGGCAUCGACAAAAACGCAAAGGACAACGAUGGACGCAAUGCGCUUCAUCUGUUAUGUGGAUUCAAUUCAAGCCAACACUUAAUCGAUGCGAUUAAACUCUUGAUCGAACUCGGCAUCGACAAGGACGCAAAGGACAACGAUGGAUGUAAUGCGCUUCAUCUGUUAUGUGGAUUCAAUUCAAGCCAACACUUAAUCGAUGCGAUUAAAUUUUUGAUCAAACUCGGCAUCGACAAGGACGCAAAGGACAAAGAUGGAUGGAAUGCGCUUCAUCUUUUGUGUCGAUAUAAUUCAAGCCCACACUUAAUCGAUGCGAUUAAACUCUUGAUUAAACUCGGCAUCGACGUAAAUGCAAAGCAGAACGGUGGAUGGAAUGCGCUUCAUCUUUUGUGUCGAUAUAAUUCAAGCCCACACUUAAUCGAUGCGAUUAAACUCUUGAUUGAACUCGGCAUCGACGUAAAUGCAAAGCAGAACGGUGGAUGGAAUGCGCUUCAUCUUUUGUGUCGAUAUAAUUCAAGCCCAAACUUAACCGAUGCGAUUAAACUCUUGAUCGAACUCGGCAUUGACAAGGACGCAAAGGAUAACGAUGGAUCAAAUGCACUCGAUUUGAGCCGGCUCAAUACAAAUUUUACAAACUGCAACAUAGACGAAAUCUUUAAAUCGUGUGAGGUGCACUUAUAACGAUAUUAAAGCUAUUCGCAAGAUGAACAGGCAAGAAAAGGCUGCGUUGCAACAGACGAGACUCUCGGCAAAAUACGGUUUAUAAUAGUUAGAAUAGACAGUGCGACGCA